AUGGGCUCCCUAGAAAGAAAAUCCCGCGUCCUACUAAUAGGCACAGGCGGAGUCGGCACCAUGGCCGCAUACGCCUUAGAAACGGGCCACAAAGCCGAAGUGACCGCAAUCUGCCGCUCAAACUACAACGUCGUAUCAUCCCAAGGCUUCACAAUCGACUCUAUCGACCACGGACCCGGAAUCACAGGCUUCAAACCCACACAUAUCCGCAACACAAUCCCAAACCUGCAACAAGAAAAAGACCUCGAACCUUUCGACUUCAUGGUCGUGUCCACGAAAAAUGUCCCAGAUGUAAAACCUACGGUCUUGGACCUGAUACGCCCGGCGGUGACGCCCGGCGUCACGACGAUUGUGUUGUUACAAAAUGGACUGAAUAUCGAGAAACCGAUCAUCGAAGAGUUUCCUGAAAAUGUCGUUUUGUCUGGUGUGGCGUUUCUGGGAGCGACGGAAGUGUCGCAUGGAGUGAUUCGACAUGAUGAUGCGGAUCGGACGAAAUUAGGUCCUUUCGCCGGACAGACGGUCGCGCCAGAAAAAGCGGAAGCAGAGGCUCGGAAAUUUAUUGAUUUGUAUAUGGCUUGUGGGAAGGUGAGUUGGGAGUAUGAUGACGAUGUGACAUUUACGAGGUGGCGGAAGUUGGUGUACAACUCUUCCUUUAAUUCGGUUGCGGCGGUGCUGGGGAUGGACACGGCGAGGAUGAGGAUGUCGGAGAUCGUGAUUGAUGAUCUGAUCCGACCUGCUAUGCUGGAGAUCAUCGCAAUUGCAAAGGCUGCUGGAGUUGAUCUGCCGAAGGGAAUUGAUGAUACGGUGAUCAGAUGUGAUCCGACUGACACGGCUUUUGUGCCCAGCAUGGGGCAGGAUGCACUCAAGGGCAAUUACAUUGAAAUGGAGAACAUCGUUGGCGAGCCAGUGCGCGAAGCAGAACGUUUAGGCGUACCAGCGCCGACGUUGCGUACAAUCUACGGCUUCCUAAAGGGUAUCCAGCUGAAGACGAAAGAAGCCAAGGGUUUGUGGAAGCCGCAAUUCGAGAAAGGGAACCCCUACGCUUGA